AUGUCCUCAACUUCCCGCCCGAGCUCUCACAAUGGCUCUGGCGAAGCUCCCCCGCCGCCACGCGAGCCAUCAUCCAACCCCGAACUCGAUAUCAAGAAGCUCCAAGCCCUCCCCUCCGAACAGCAAGACAUCUACCUCUUAACUUUCGUCUCGAGCCUCACCAAGCAUGUCGAAAGCCUGGAGCCAGACGACUGUACGGCUCAGCAGCUGUACCUCAAGAAAGAGCUUAUGCAAAUCCUCAAUCUGGCCGCCCCGCCGCCUACGAGAGUUAUAAGGAAUAAUUUGGGGAGGUGUUUUGCACAUAUUCUCGGAAAAGGAGACAGGAAACUAUUGUUUGAAUCUAUCAAUGAUCUGGUCAAUGUUAUCAGUAGUGGAAAGGCGAAGACAGAAGCUGAUUUACGGACUAAACAUGCGGCUGUUUAUUGUCUGGGGGAUGUCUUUGCUGGAGCAGGUGAUAGCGCAAUUGGCUUGCAUCCUUUGGCCUGUUCUGCUCUCCUAAAGCUGUUAAAGCCUGCGGCCAACAAUGCUGGAUUGAGAGCUGCUAUUUUCAAAGCUCUGGGAAAGGUGGUGAAAAUGAUUGAGGGGAGCAUCGAUGAUAGUAUUGCAAGGGACGUUUGGAAGCAAGCCAGGACCCAUGCAUCCACCGACAAGGCUGCUCUAGUCCAGGUUGCGGCUUGCCACUGUUUGAGACUUUUCUCGAAAUGCUCUCCGUAUUUUGACAACUCAAGCGACUUCGACAAUCUUAAAUCAACACUUUUCAAGACAAUCGAUUCCUCAAGUCCCUUGGUACGACAAGCUGCGGCCGAGUGUCUUGCUGAAGCUAUGGUAAAGAGUCAAUCGGACGACCCAGCACAUGAAAGCCAAAUUCCCAAGAUCAAGAAGAUCAAACGAGUAAAUACCAAGAAGUUGGACGAUGACGAAGAAAUCCAACGGCCUGAGAGUCCGGGGCCAAAAAAGAGCCAAAUUCUGGUUCUUACAUUACCUGAAAUCCUCAGGCAGCUGUCAACCUUCUACAUUAAGAGCUCAACUAGCAAUAAGGCGCGGGCUGGGAUAGCAGUGUGCUACGCCCGCAUCUUUAAGAGCUUGAGCGAGAGGACUGUGGAGACGAUGUACAUGAAAGUUGUGGACAGUUUGACGAUUGACGUUUUGAGCCACCCGAAUAUCACCACCAACCGAUACCGACUUCUAAUUACACGUCGAUUUGUUCAGAUCAUCCUGGAAGAAGUUAUUGGGAACUCCAUUCUUGGAGAGCCUGGCCAAAUAGAUGCUGCGAAAGCUCUGAUUAACGAUGUGCUCAAGAAUUAUCCUCAAGUCAUCAAGGAGCGGGCGGAACCUGGGAAGCAUUCUCUGAUUGCGGUUCUAAGUGCACUUGCAUCGUUGAUCAAGACACUUGGAUCUGCUUCAAAUGCAUUUUCGGAUAGCUGUCGAGAUGGCUUGUUGCAAGUCCUCCAGCAUCCGAGCUACACUGUUCAAGUUUACACAUCUUACUGCUUGCGGACUUUUACACUUGCAUGUCCUCAGCAGCUACUGCCUUGUCUCACAGUCUGCAUGAAUAGCGUAAAUCGGGAAUUGACACUUCUCACUACGGGCAGAAAUUCUCCACGGCGAUGCGUUGGAUAUGCAAAUGGCCUGUCUGCGAUGAUUAGCACAGCUCCUCUGCAGCCCCUUUACGGAUCUGUCGAUGUCAACAGUCGAGUUCUCUCGCUCGCCACAGGACUUCUGAAGUCAUCAAGUAAAUCAGAGCUACGGAUCUCUAGUACUCAAAUCCAAGUUGCUUGGAUUUUGAUAGGCGGGCUGAUGUCACUGGGACCAAACUUCGUCAAGAUUCAUCUUUCGCAACUACUUCUUUUAUGGAAGAAUGCUCUCCCCAAGCCACUUGCGAAGGAUAACACUUCUCAGCGGAGUUACCUCGAAUCUUCCUUUCUCACUCAUGUGCGAGAGUGUGCUCUGGGCUCCAUCCUCGCAUUUCUUCAGUUCAACAGCAGGCUGUUGACCGUGGAUGUUUCAAAGCGUAUAGCAGCUAUGUUACAAAACACGACUGCGUUCCUUAGAAGUCUUCCAUCAAAGAAAACUUCUGAAGACAUCAGUCAGCGGCUCUUCCCAUCGUUGCAACUUCAUGAUUUAGACCUCAUGGUACAACGGCGCGUGCUUCAAUGCUAUGCGAAAUUGGUCAAUCUCAGUCCGGCGGGUGGGAGUGAGGCACUGCUGCAGUCUAAUCUACUUACCCUUGCCGUAUCAUUCUUCGCGGAUCCCGAAAACUACACUCCAAGUUCUCUGAGCACUUCAAUUGCUAGCUCUGCUGGCAACUUCGAAACUGUCUGGGAUGUUGGAGAUAAUUGUGGUUUUGGUGUAACUGGUCUCGUAAGGGGCUUCAAGGUUCAAAGCUUGGCUGGCCAGCAUGAGAGCAACACUCAGGAUGACUGGAUGAAGGAGAGUGGCUCUGACAGUGCCAUUUCGAAAGUGUUACUUUCUCCGAUCUGUAGCUCACUCGAACACGACUCGCUAGCUCUGUAUUUGGGCGAUCUUGGAAAGGUUGAUGCUAUGCCAGAUCCGCCAGCCACUGAAGUCGUCAAUAUUGCCAUCAAGCUAUUCGCCAUAGCAUUCCCACUAACGCCGCCCAAGAUCCAAGAGAGCAUCCUGGAGCAAGUAGCGACGUUUCUCUCUGCUGGAUCCUUACAACGAGAUCCUGGCCGCAAAGCAGCAAUGAAUGUCAAUGUUGCAACUGCACUUUUCAGCACUCUCAAAGUCGCUGUCAAAGAGACGCAAUCACCUUCAGGCGACCUCACAAAUCCUGCUGUGGAGAAACUUAUGCAGGAGAUCCUUCAUUCAUUCGUCAUUCAUCCAGACCAAUACAUUCGAUGUAUAGGGUAUGAGGCUCUAGCGAGACUCUGCAAUAGUUCCGGAAAUUCGUUCACGAAUGGUGAGAUCAAGUACUUGGUUGACACCAUCGUUGGGAAUCGUGAGCCAAGUGCGAGAGCCGGGUGUGCUAUGGCCUUAGGAGCAAUUCAUGCCCAGGUUGGGAGCAUGGCUGCUGGCUUCCAUCUCAAGACCAUUCUUGGCAUCCUAAUGUCUCUGUGUAAUGAUCCGCACCCAACUGUACACUUCUGGGCGCUUGCUGCACUGUCUGGGGUUGCAGAUUCUGCAGGACUCAACUUCUCGGGAUAUGUUACAAGUACCCUUGGGAUGGUCGGCCAACUUUAUGUUGGAGAUACCCAUAAUCAGGAAGUUGCAUCGGCUGUGACUUCGAAUCUGGAAUUGGAACUGUCGACGACAGUUGUGAUUGCACGAUGUGUAGACUCUCUGGUCAAUGUGCUUGGCCCAGAUCUGCAGGACAUGAGCAAACCCAGAGAAUUGAUUCUGACUCUUGUCGGACAAUUCCAGGAAGAGGACAGCGCCUUGAUUCAAGGUGGCAGUCUGCGAUGCCUCGAGCAUCUAGCUUUAUAUGCACCUGGCCACAUGGUUUUCAUAGACUAUGUGGUACUUCUUCAGAAAGACCUCAGCUCCGACUAUCCAGAUCUCAGAGACAUUGCGGUCGAUGGUCUCUAUAAUCUAAUGAAGCGUAACUCUGAAGAUGUGGUCAAAGCUGCAGAAUCCGGGUUCGAGGACCAGUUGUGGUUGGCUCUGGACUCGGCUCCAAACCAUGAUGGGAUCAGAAAUGUGAUCAGGAACUGGCUGAGGCAGUCGUGCCUCACUGAAACCGCAAGAUGGCUGCAGAGAUGCCAAACAGUCCUGACAAUGACCCGUCCUAAAGCUGCAGAGGCUGCUGCUCCGUCGGCUAAGGCCAGUGGAAUGCCUGACCUCCAGGACGAAGAAGUUGCGGGUUUCGCUGCGUCUGGUGGCGGUGCGAAAGAUGACGGAGCCAAUUCUGCAGCAUCCGGGCAAGAACCGUUGAGAUGGCAAGUCCGUACCUUCGCCAUGAGCUGUUUGGCUGAGAUGUUCGCCAUAGUCAGCAAAGCCACUCCACCUGACGCAGAAGAACCUACCGCAGCGGAACUGGCAUUACAACGAAGGAUUGCAGAUGUUAUUCGCAUGGCCUUCUCAGCCUCUACCUCAAAUGUGGUCGAGCUGCGAGUCUGGGGACUGAAAAUCAUUGAUGCCGUACUCAAGAUGUUCGGCAAAACACCUGAUCCUGACUUUGCCGAAGCGCCACUCCUGGAGCAAUAUCAAGCCCAAAUCAGUUCCGCUCUUACUCCCGCCUUUGCUGCUGAUUCCUCCCCAGAGCUAGCAUCGGAAGCAGUCAACGUUUGUGCUGCUUUCAUUGCCACAGGUAUUGUCACAGAUGUCGACCGAAUGGGUCGCAUACUCAAGACUUUGGUUACAGCACUCGAGAACUUCUCUACUGAGUCCGAGGUCCAGUCUAUCGGAGAUUUGAAGGGUCUUAGCUCCAACGCCCAAGUCAUGGUGAAGAUGGCUGUCUUCUCUGGCUGGGCUGAACUCCAAGUUGCUAGCACCGAGCAGCGAUACUUAGUCGAUGUGCUGAAACCAUACAUUGGUACAUUAACGCCUCUCUGGCUUGCGUCUCUAAGAGAAUUCGCUCGCCUUCGAUUCGAGCCAGAUAUCAGCAUGAGCCUCGGUCCGCCGUCUCUUUCGGGAAGUUUGGACACGAUUUACUCCGCCUUGAAUCGCGAGACACUGCUCAAAUUCUACCAAGAGUCCUGGCUUAAAUUAGUGGAUGCAAUCGCGAGUCUCAUCGAGCAAGACAGCGAGUUUGUCUUCGAUGCUCUUGAUGGCAAAGAGACGGAUGCACCGACAACCAAUGGCCACUCGAAGGGAAGCGAUAUCAAUUAUAGGGACGAGCCAGUCGCUUUCUUCUUUGUCCUUUUCGGGAUUGCUUUCGAGGCGCUUGUUGCUCGACCUGGAAGCGAUGCUCUAGCUACGAAAGAACAGACCUUGGAGAUACUGCAAGCUCUCAAGAAGAUCCUACAUCCAAGUGUCUCGGGACAUGCUAUCUAUCGUGAAGCUAUUUUCUCGGAGACGAUGGACCUACUUGAUCGGCUUGUCCUCACAGAGGGCUUGGAUGUUCAGGGUGUCAUUGUACAGAUUGCCAGAGGGCUGUGUAUAGCACAUCCGUCGGCAACGAAGGCGGAUGCUAAAGAGAGCGAUGACUUGUCCGAAGAUAUUGAGCAGCUCUUUGAGUUGACUCGUAUUAUUGUACUCGUCCUAGCCGGUCUCUUGCCAAACCUUAUUGAGGCAAAGCAAGCAGCUCGACAUCAGCUGACGGAUGAAGCCGUCAGUCUUAUCCGCACAUCUCUGAACGCCUUGGUCGAUGCAGCGGAGGUCUUUCCAUCAAUUAUCAAGACCGACUUGCAUGCAUGCAUCAUCCACAUUUUCGCUACCAUCCUUGGAACAGCAAGUUGCCAAGCUGUAGUUGUACCUCAAUCGCUUCCGAUCCUCAAACGUUUCAUGUCAAGUAUUUCCCCAAAGACAAAGAAAGACAAACCAGAUGCCAAUGUCGUCCAAGUACAAGGAUGUCUCAAACGCUUCUUGUCCAUCUACCUCCAUGCCCAGAAGCGCGAGUCAGAAUCGUCUCUCCCAUGUGUGAAAAACACCCUCCUAGCGUCUACGGUUCUUCUCACCAGCGGCGUAAACUAUAUGUCAGCCAGUGAGCCAUUGGUCACACGGUACUUAGACGAACUGAUAGACUGUCUAAGUGAUCGCAUGACUGCCAAAGUAGCCGCAGGCUGUAUCCGCACGCUCCUCCUACAGAAUCCCAAAACGCCUGCAGACCAGAGUAUAUCCCGCUACCUCCUUCCCCGUCUAAUAUCCUUCACCACAAACACCAACAACGAAGACCCGGAGAACGCUCGCGCUCUCGUAACACACGCCCUGACAAUAUACACCACUACCCUCCCCAGCACUCAAAAAGCUGUCGCAAUGUCUGUCGUCGUGCCGACGCUCCUUGCAAGAGCUAAUAGCGAGGGCGAGAAUGUGUACAAGGAGACGAGUGCUAGACUUCUGGAUCUGGCGGGUAGUGACCAGACUGCCUUUAGAGGCGUGGUUGGUGGGAUGAGCACGGAGCAGAAAGGAUUCAUGGAGAGUGUGAUUUUGAAGGGGAGGCAGAGCCAGGAGUCUGGGAAGGUGGUCGAUGAAGAUGGAGGGAGGGAACCGACUAUUGCGUUGAGAAUGGAUUUCGGAGGCUGA